AAAAUAAACACUAAAAUAUGUCAGCUUCCGGUGGUAGUAUGUGGCCUUUGCGAUUUAUUAUUUUGGGAUGUUUCCUGCCAAUUACGCUUUCUAAUGAAGCAAAAGAAUCGCCUUCAAUAGGCAUUGUUGGCGGAGGUAUUGGAGGGACUUCCACUGCCUACUUCCUCAGACAACUCUUUGGUGAUGAUGCAAAAAUUGACAUCUUUGAGAAGAGGCAAGUGGGAGGAAGACUGGCCACCAUUUCCAUUGGUAACCAGCAGUUCGAGGCUGGAGGGGCAGUCAUUCAUCCUAAAAACAUGUACAUGGUCAACUUCACCAAAUUACUGGGUCUGGAACAUGUAAAUGGUGAUAUGGGAUCAUUUGGGAUUUUUGAUGGAAGUUCCAUGAGGAUUACAAGCAAUAAAUAUAGGGUGGUUACACUGGCCAAGCUUUUCUGGAGAUAUGGCAUGGAUAUUUAUAACAUUGACAACUGGAUCAAUGAAAAACUCCUUGCUAAAUUUAUGAGGAUUUAUGACAUUCAGAGGGCUGGACACGCCUACACAACAGUCCCCGAUUUGAUUGGUGCUAUGGAUUCUGCUUUUCUUUCCUACAUGAAAAAAUCCAUCAAAUUUGUAAUGAGGACUGCAGGAUUUGGUGAUGCGUUUAUUGAUGAAAUGGUGAUGGGGGCCUUGAGAACAAACUACGGUCAAAGUACAGAAAUUCCAGGUUUUGUAGGUGCUGUUUCUUUAGCUGGGGUACAACCAGGACUGUGGGCUGUAAAGGGAGGUAAUAAACAAGUGCCAGAAAAACUGGUCACAGAGGCCAAGGCUCAGGUAAUUCAGGGGACCGUCAUGUCAGUGCAGCUUCUGCAGUACCAGGACAAAACUUACAGAGUGGAAUAUGUUGAUGCUGAAAAGAAAGAACAACACAGAGAUUAUGAUAUAGUUAUCAUUGCCACACCAUUACAUGAUGAAAUGUCAGACAUAGAUUUUGAAGAUUUCCCUAGUCCCAUUGAAAAUUUUCCUCAACAUUAUCAUAAACUGACAUCUACAUUUGUAGAUGGAACUCCUAACUCUAAAUAUUUUGGAGUUGAUAAUCCUGAAGACUUAUCAGAGGAAAUUUUAACAUGCAAUGACACAAUUCUAGUCAAUUCUUGUGGCAAAAAGACAGAUGUUCUUGGAAGUCCGGCACAGGUUUACAAAGUUUUUUCCAACUCACCACCAAAAGAAGAUGACAUAAAACAGAUGUUUACUAGUAAAAAGGACAUAAGGAUGUUUUCCAUGAUGGCCUACCCUGAUUAUUCCACAGUUGGGGAGGAGUUACCCCCCUUUGUGCUGCACGAUCAGUUGUAUUAUGUGAAUGCAAUAGAACUGGCAGCAUCUGCCAUGGAAAUGAGCUCCAUUGCUGGGAAGAAUGUGGCUUUGUUAGCAUACAAUCACUGGCAUGGAAGUCUAGAAAAGAUUGAUGAACCCUAUGCAGACUCGACCUCAGAGACAGAAAAGACAGAGUUAUAAAGAUUGCUUAUUUAAUAGGAAUAGCUUGUGUGUCAUACAUGCAAACAAAUAAUUGUCAUACAUCAUUAUGCACAACAUAUUACACUCAGCCACAUUUUCUAUCAUAUUUUUUCUGAUUCCAGUAUUUCAUCAAAAUCAUAAAUUUCCAUAUGAGGAGGUAUUGAAAGUUUGUAAACUUUGUUCAAUAUGUUUUAAAAACCUUGUCUUAUUCCUUGUACUGUGUACAUUCCUCAGCAGUCAUUCUUAUGUGGGUAUUAGAGUACUUGGUCAUGUAAAUUUCGACAUUCAUAUUCUCAGAAUGAGAUGCACUUUAUCCUCAGUGACAGCAUAGAGACUGCAAUACAGUGUUGAUGCAAACGAAAUCCAGUGAAUGGAAUAUAAAAUGGAGGUUUAAGUCUCGUAGCCAUGUUUUCUUCUCAAUACAAUGACAAUUACCAUGUAAGUAGAAAUUUUAUGAGGAUUUAAUUUUGGCAUUAUUAGAGCCAGUAUUGAGGUUGCUAAAAUUGAAUAUCGAUAACAAUUUAUCUCCUAUCGUGAGUAAUAGUUAUCUUUGUUGGAAUUAUAAAGUUGCUAAACUAAGCUCUCGCAAAGUAUAUAUACCCAUGAUUCCUGGACAAAUCGCUAAAUUUGUGUCUCGCUAAAACUACCACUUACACGGUAUUUGAGUUGUUACCGCUGUAUGUUAAGUUAAUGAAUACCAAGAAAAAUCAAUUGUAAACUUUGGAACUGCAAGCUUAAAUGUUGCUGUAUUUUACAUUCAAAGUUUUAUGAUCUACAAUCUUAAGGCCCUAAUAAUUAAUGGAUUGCAUUGAUUCCUUUAUCGAUAAAGGAAAAAUCAAUAUUUUUAUAACCGAGUUCAUAAACCUAUAAAAAGAAUUUGCUGACUUGACAGUAUUUUCCAUUUGAAGAUAAAUUUUCUUUCCUUCAGAUUUCAUGUAAUGUAAAUAGUUCUCUUUGUUAAAGAAAUCAAUGUCUAGGUUAUUUAUACAUGUAUUAUAGGGCUAUACAAACAAUCAUGUUUAUAGGACUGUAAAUAGUUCACUUUAUUUAAGGAAGAUUUAUGGAGGUUGUAUGUAUUGUGGAGUUAUGCAAACAAUGGAGGUCAUUUGUAUCAUCUGUAGCGCUGAUUAUGUUAAAGUUAACAAUGGAGGUCAUUUGUAUCAUCUAUAACGCUGAUUAUGUUAAAGUUAACAAUGGAGGUCAUUUGUAUCAUCUAUAGCGCCGAUCAUGCUAAAGUUAACAAUGGAGGUCAUUUGUAUCAUCUAUAACGCUGAUUAUGUUAAAGUUAACAAUGGAGGUCAUUUGUAUCAUCUAUAAAGCUGAUUAUGUUAAAGUUAACAAUAGAGGUCAUUUGUAUCAUCUAUAGCGCUGCAUGGUCAUGCUAAAGUUAACAAUGGAGGUCAUUUGUAUCAUCUAUAAAGCUGAUCAUGCUAAAGUUAACAAUAGAGGUCAUUUGUAUCAUCUAUAGCGCUGAUCAUGCUAAAGUUAACAAUGGAGGUCAUUUGUAUCAUCUAUAGCGCUGAUCAUGUUAAAAUUAACAAUAGAGGUCAUUUGUAUCAUUUAUAGCGCUGAUCAUGCUAAAGUUAACCUAUACUUUCAUUAUUUUUAAAUCCCUACAAUACAGGAUAAAAAUACUCGUUGAUUUGAAAUGAAAAUGGAUGCUUUUAAAGAGAAAUAUGAUAUAUUGAAAUACUUUAAUAUUAUCACUAACGAAACAUUAAGUGAAUGUAAAUAUUUAGGGUUAGAAGGUUGUAUAUAUUUUUUUUAAUUCCAUUUACAGUUAAACAGGCAUAUAGUGAAGCGCUGUGGACAAACAAUUUUGAUUCGUUAUAUUUCCAAUAAGUUCUUAAUAAGUUUUAGAACUACAGGGAAGGAAAAUGACUUUGCUGUAAGCAGGAAUCGCUAUAGGCGUGUUUGUUGUACCAAAUUUUAUUGUAUAGCAUGUGCUCCGAUAUCGAUAAUUAGAGGGUCGAGAUUUCAAACAUGUACAGGUAUAAGGGAAUCCCCAAAAUUACUCGCAUAUUACAUCACCAUUUUUGGUGAUGACAAGGUUUUUACAUGUUCUCAUACUUGUGAGGUGGCAUCUACACGCAAGUACAAACUUGUACAUUCAGCUUUUACGAUAAAAACUGAUUGAUGUAUGGAUAUUUCAUUUUUAAACAUUGUAUAGGAUUUCUAGUUUCAUCUAAACAUAUUUUGAACAUAUUUAUCCAUUAACUGCUCAAAGUCCUCGUACACAUUUAUUUUACAUGUCAUGAAAAUCUCAACAUGCAGACAAAAUACGAAAAAUGGGUUCGUGCACAUGUUGUCCACAUACAUGUUUGAAAUCUCAACCUCUUCAAUAUUUGGGGUUUUCAGCAAGGUUCAUUCAUUUGGUACUUGUCACAGAUCUGUAUAUUAUUAACUGAUUGCUUAGGCUGUUUGAUCUUGCUGCACUUAUUUCUAGGUAUCUUCAUCAUGGUGUGGUAGUCUCUGUUGCAGUUUCAUGUAAUCGUGUUUGGGAUGCUACCUAGAAGCGGACAAAAACUAGGUUCUACUGCAUCAUGAAUCAAUUUAUUGUUUGGAUUUGUCAACAAUUUUGUGUUCCCGUUAUUAAGUUUGUUUAGGUAUGUAUUGCAUUAUGGAAGAAUUAUUUUUCAUAUUACUUGAUGAUGCUGGGGAUUAGCUAUUGUCAACAUUGUCCAUUUAGCGAAAAAAGUGGAGAAAAAAAAAUUGUAGCACAUUUUUCCAAAAAAUUAAGCAGCACAACUUACUUAGCAGUUUAUAAUCUAGUCAGUCAUCAGUAUAUGUUGUCAUACACCCAUCAGGUCCUGUAUUAACCUGUUGAUUUAUACCUGUGUAUGUUAUCAUACACCCAUCAGGUCCUGUAUUAACCUGUUGAUUUAUACCUGUGUAUGUUAUCAUACACCCAUCAGGUCCUGUAUUAACCUGUUGAUUUAUACCUGUGUAUGUUAUCAUACACCCAUCAGGUCCUGUAUUAACCUGUUGAUUUAUACCUGUGUAUGGAUGGUCCUUGUUUUCCUGGGUUAGCUGACAUUUUAGUCUAUUUGUUGUCAAUUUAUGUCCUUUGAAAUCAUCAGUUAACAUACAAAGUGAAAGUAAAGAAGAGAGAACUGAAUGCAAGAUUUUCAGCCAUUAAAUAUUUUUGAUAAAUUGAAAUACGUCCCGCGUAUUAUUUAUACUCGUUCAUUAUGAACACGAGUCAUUUACUGUUGUUACAUUUUUGUCCGAGUUACAUUUACAAUAUUUUCAUCUACUGUUCGAUUUGUGUGCAUGGAUGGGGUGAUAUUGUUGAAAAAUGUUUUAAAAAUUGUGACCAUUUCAUUUCAAAAUAAAAAAAGUGAAUUUAA